AGAGAAGAGAAGGCGCCAUUCCUUGGUGUAGUUUCAUUAGGGCAACAAUGGAAGGAAAGCGAGUAGAGAUAUUAAGGAAAGGGCCAUGGAAGGCGGAGGAAGAUGAAGUGCUGAUCAACCAUGUCAAGAACUACGGCCCUCGAGACUGGAGCUCCAUUCGAUCCAAAGGACUUCUCCAACGAACUGGCAAAUCUUGUCGUCUUCGUUGGGUCAACAAACUUAGACCCAACUUGAAGAAUGGGUGUAAGUUUACGGCUGAGGAAGAGAGGGUGGUGAUAGAGUUGCAGGCACAGUUUGGGAAUAAAUGGGCUAAAAUUGCUACGUAUUUGCCUGGAAGGACAGACAAUGACGUCAAGAACUUUUGGAGCAGUAGGCAGAAGAGACUGACUAGGAUUUUGCAGAAUUCGGGCACACCCUCUUCCUCCUCCAAAUCACUCAAAUUGAAAAAGGAAAUCCCUGGCUUUCAUGAUGUUCCACUUAUGGAGGCUUCAAAGUUGAGCUCAUCAAUGGAGGAAUUAUCAUACUCCAAGGGUCAAUCUUGCUCGACAUCCUACCUUGAAAAAUCUCAGACGAGUACUAAAGUGGAGCAAUUCCCAGAACUCGUGAACCCACAGUUGUAUACAGAUGCAAACAUGGCUCAGCUUGAGCUUAUGUCUCGAGGGAAACACCCAUAUGCCGAGACUCGAUCGCAAGUCUUCUUCCCUCAGAUACCGCAGCCCCAACCGUCCCUGACAUUAUCACUAGAAAGCCAGGACCUUUUGGCUAAAUUCGAGGAUCCUUAUUUUUCACAAGUGUUUGCAGAUGUCCCUGAACUAGACAGUGGGAACGUGGAGCAUCCAUUUAGUGGGUUUAGUGCAAAGGAAGAAACUGAUAUCCCCAUGACCCCUGAUGCCUUCUUCCAUGAUUUCCCAGCUGAUAUGUUUGAUCAAAUGGAGCCGCUUCCAAGUCCAUCUGAGUAAACCUAGGAUAAAGCAAAUCUGACUUUUGUUUAACUUUUAACUAGUUUCUUGUUU